AUGUUCGAAGCACGUCUUGUACAAGGCAGUCUCUUCAAGAAGGUCCUAGAUGCCAUCAAAGAUCUUGUGAACGAGGCAAAUUGGGACUGCUCUGCCACUGGAUUGUCAAUGCAAGCAAUGGACAGCGCUCAUGUUAGCUUGUGUUUUAUUGACCUUAACGCCGAAGGUUUUGAUCCGUACAGAUGCGACCGAAAUCUAACAUUGGGACUCAAUAUUAACAAGUAUGAAUUCUUGCUUUUUUACCCUUUAAAAUGUGCAAUCUAAAAGCCUGUUUACACUUGCGAUUUUAGGUGUGAUUUUCUUCUUCUGAUGGAUGUGAAAGAGUGGAUGAGUUAUUAAUGUUCUGAGUAUGUGUACUCGCAUCUGAACAUUCAUAACUCACCCACUCGUUCACAUCUGUCAGAAGUAGAAAAUCACUGCAAAAAUUGCAAACUCUAGAUUUUAUUUGUAAGGGGAAAAGCUUUGGGCAUUAAAGAAUUGCCUGAAAUUCCCAAACAAAUUGGAAGGGUUGGAACCUUUGCAAAUCAUCCUUCAUCAUUAAACUAUUUUUUCAUUCUUCUAGUCUUUCUAAGAUCAUGAAAUGUGCAGCGAACGAUGACGUCGUCACAAUCCGAGCGGAAGAUAAUGCUGAUGCUGUCAAUUUAAUUUUUGAAAGUCCAAGUAUGUUGAAAUUAAGAGAGUUGAAACUUCAUAUUUUAGCAUUCAUAACUUCAAUGUUGGCAUUCUGUUCACUUGUUUUAUAGACCAAGAAAAAGUGUCUGAAUACAGCAUGAUGCUAAUGAACAUUGACAGUGAACACCUUGGUAUUCCAGUAAGUUGACCUCAAUGACCAUAUUGGGUUGUUAACCCCCCCCCCCCCUAUAUCUACCUCCACUCCUGCUUACCUCCACUACCCCCCCACCCCACCCCCCACAAAAAAAUUUGGAAACUAAGACCCCAUGGAUUUUCCUUCCUCUCUAGAUGGCAAGAAUUUCCUUUGUAAUGGGAGUCUGGAUUCUUUCUGGAAAUUAGCCAAUUUUGCUCGUGAGUCAGGCAGGAAAAAUGUGUCUUUUAAUUAAUAGAAUGUGUAAUAUUUGUAUUUAGGAAACUGAGUACUCGGCAACUAUCAAAAUGCCUUCUGCAGAACUACAAAGAAUAUGCCGUGAUCUCAGCCAAAUUGGAGAUUCGGGUAAGUUAAUUAAAAUGCUCAGUGACAGCUCCCAAUGGUGUGUGAGAAAUGCUUAUUUGUUAUAAGAAUAUGUUGUACAAAUUGCUUAUAUACAAAUUGUGUUUUAGUAACAAUUACCUGUGUAAAGGAUAGUGUGAGAUUCUCAAGCAGUGGAGAACUUGGAAGUGGAAACGUCAGUUUGCGAGAGAACACCAGUGUUGACAAGGAAGACGACGAGGUGUGUAGCUGAUGAAUUAAAGUAGUUAAUCUUCUGGUACAAAAAGCACAAGUUUGACUAAGUACUGCAAUGUUUUAAAUAAAUGGUUGUUUUUUUGGCACAUACCCGCAGCCUGUUAUAUUUAUAAUUAUUACUGAAAACAGUGCUUGCAAUGAAGAUAUUAAGCCUUGUUCAUAAUUUUAUUCCUUUAGGUAUCCAUUGACCUUCAUGAAGCCUGCAACCUAACCUUUGCUUCACGUUAUCUUAACUUCUUCACGAAGGCAACACCAUUAUCAAACACAGUAAAGUUAUCUCUGAAAUCUGAUGUACCGUUAGGUGAGUAAACAUAGCAGUGUAUGGUGUUUGACAACUGGUGUUUGUUUCUUUCGUUCUUUAGAUAGUAAUUGUUCCUCUUUUUUUUCAUUCUAUAGUUGUUGAAUAUAAAGUUGGUGAUAUUGGUUCAAUAAAGUUAGUGUAG